AUGGACCCCCAACAAGUGCCCGAGCCGUCGUCACGAAGUCGGUCGUUAUCUUCUCAUUUCCCACAUAUGCCCACUUCGAUGCAUCCUUAUGCCGACGGUAUUCAUUCGCUAUUUGGGAGUGCCAUGCAAAACUCAGACAUUUUAAACCAGUCAACGUCCACAAAUCGAAGUAUAGAAGACCCGGAAUCGCUUGACCACUUGAGAAACAACGAAAGAGAGCAAUUACUCGACCAACGCCAAAUUCGAGAAGGAUUCCAGCAGCUACGGAACACGUUCGAUAACUCACGAGAAGGUCAAACACUUCUGAACAUUAUCAAAAAUGUGCUUCCCUUUCUGACACUUUUUGCUGCCAAACUGAUGUUCGACCACUUAAACGACAUCUUUCAAUUUGCUCUGCUCUUUGUCACAUUUCUUCAAGCAGACUUUCUGGUUCAAAAAGUUAUGUCUGGAGGUUUCUCCAACAAGUUUCUGCAAAUUUUGUACUGUUUCGGGUUUAGUAUAAUGACUGUUCUCUACCUGCGGAACUACUCGAUGGACGAUUUUGAGUUUUCGAACACUUUUGGGUUGAAUAUCUUGUACUUUGUUAGCGGUGAAUUCAAAGAACUCUCUGUGUCAUCUACAAUUUACGGAGUCAUCAUGACCGACACCUCAUUCAAACUGAUCACAGUAAUUCCAAAGUCCUUGAUUGUGAUUAUCCCAGAAGCAUACACGUCUCAGUCGUACAAGAGGAAAGUAUUGCAGUCGAUUGAAUAUUGCUCCCAGUUAUACCGAUGUGCUCUUCCGUUCGGACCUUGGCUCCGUCAUUUUCUUUUUGUCAACCCGGGAGCUGGUUUCAUGAUCUAUUUCUUCUCGAUCGUCUAUUUCUCUUUGAAGGUCGGAGAAAUGUACCGCUACUCGCUCUUCGUCAAAAAGUCGGUCAGAUGCCUCCUCACGGACAGCUCCGUCGGAACUUCAGUGAAACUUGUCGACCUCGACGACAAACAAUGUACAGUAUGCCACGAAGACUUGUCGUACCCAAUCAAGCUUGAGUGCUCACAUGUUUUUUGUAAAACGUGCAUCGAAACCUGGCUGGACCAGAAAACAACGUGUCCAAUGUGCAGAGCUGAGGUUACGAAAGAUGUGGACAACGAAUGGAAGAACGGAGGAACAAGCUACGCGAUUCGCAUGUUCUGA